AUGGCCGCAAUCAUGCCUGCUAGCCACGAGGAGCUGGGGGUCAGCUCACACGCCGACGACCGAGUUGACAGUGACCAGGACGCCGAAGGCGAGGAGGACACAGAUCUCUACCAGCUAGAUCAGGAAUUACAAAGUGCUGUUCAGAAAGCAGAUGCUGGAGACGCAGAGGAGGCCACGGCGGAGUCAGAUUCUGGAGAGGAUAAUCAGAGUGAAGAGGACUAUGCAGAGCAGGCCAAUGAUGAUGAUGCAGUUUCUGAAAAUGAGUAUGGAAUCGAGACACCGCGGAGGCCGCGCCGAGGUCGGAGGAGUGCGGCAGUAUCCUCAAAAGCCGAUGACGACGAAAGCGACCCAGAUGUCGCUUUUGGGAACGGCGAUGCACAUUCAGACUCGGAAAGCAAUGAAUCGGACGGAGAAGCGGAGGACUGGGAAGCUGAAAGUAAUGGAAAGGAUGAGAACGAGGACGCAGACAAGUUGCUUCGUUCGAAUUGCAUAUUUUGCGGACAGGACGAAGACCAUGAUCCAUCGGAGGAUUUUGAGGAAUAUUUGACAUGUGCAGUAUGCGGCGAUCAUUCUCAUCGACAAUGUGCUCGCGAACAAAGCGCAUUCAGCGACAACGAAGAUGCGGAACAAUGGCGAUGCACCACUUGUGUCCAGGAUAAUCUUCAGCCCGAUCCAGUGGAGAACGACGCUGCUUCACGGAGAUCAGCUGCUGAGAGCAUAGCGCGCAAUCUGCAAGCUGCCUCAGCAGAUGGCCAGCACUCCGUUUUCAAUAAUCUUAUAGUUGAUGACGAUCCCAUGGAUGGAACACGGUCACUGCGAAAAAGAAGAGCCUCAUCCGAUGACCCGGAAGAUCACGUCCCUGUACUGCGAAAACGACAACGACGUACACCUUCCCAAGGCGCAACUGAUAGCGCUGACGGCUUGUUGGAUACUGAUGGCUUGCGAAAUCGGCCGCGCAGGAAGCGUAAAGCAGAAAAGGAAUUAUGCCGUAUUGUGGAAAGCGACGUUGGCAAGUGUAUCAUCGCAUUGCACCUCAGCUUUGUGAAGAUAGCCAAGAUUCUCAAUUCGCGACCGCGACCUUUUAAGGCACGACGCCGCAGACAGCCUAAACCGCCUCCUGUUGAAGAUGAACCGCUUGCUCAUUUUGCCCCUAUUACAUCCAGUUAUACUACCCCUUUCUACUCUUUCCAUGAUCGCGAGGUUGAUGAGCUCAAGUCGAAACCGUACGGAGGGAUAUUAUCAGAAGCCGAUGCGGAUACCAGUCGAACGUUGCCGACACAAGCUGACCGAGAGAGAUUCGAGGCCGCGCGGCGGAGCGCAGAGGAAGAUUGGCAGAGAAAACUUAUGGAGUCUGAACCUGUUGGGGAAGUCAAUCACCGAGCUUCACAGAAAGUCUCAGGACCUCCCAGCAAAAUCAAAUGGAUAAAUUUUGGCGGAUACGAGAUUGAGACAUGGUAUGCCGCACCGUACCCUGAAGAAUAUAGUCGCAACAAAGUUCUGUAUAUCUGUGAAUUCUGUCUCAAAUACAUGAAUUCGGAUUUUGUUGCAUGGCGGCAUAAAUUGAAAUGUCCAGCCAAACAUCCUCCGGGCGACGAGAUAUAUCGAGAUGGCUCGGUGUCCAUCUACGAAGUGGAUGGGAGAAAGAAUCCAGUCUACUGUCAAAACCUUUGCUUAUUAGCAAAGCUGUUUUUGGGCUCCAAGACACUCUACUAUGAUGUCGAACCUUUUCUCUUUUACGUGAUGACCGAGUACGACGAAUUGGGAUGUCAUUUCGUGGGAUACUUUAGCAAGGAGAAACGCCCCAGUUCGUCGAACAACGUUUCGUGUAUUUUGACCCUUCCUAUUCACCAGCGGAAAGGCUACGGUAACCUGCUCAUUGACUUUUCGUAUCUCUUGACACGCGUUGAGAAAAAGACUGGAUCUCCUGAAAAGCCAUUGUCGGAUAUGGGUUUAGUGUCGUAUCGAAAUUACUGGCGACUUGUUCUGAGCUAUCAACUGCGCAACCAAAAAACGCCGGUUAGCAUCGCUGAAUUGUCUGAGCGUACCGGAAUGACUGCGGACGAUAUUGUUUCUGGACUUGAGGGACUGCGUGCACUUGUCAGAGAUCCAGUCACAAAGACGUACGCUCUACGACUGAACUAUUCGUAUUUCGAAGACUACAUCAAGAACUGGGAGAUUAAGGGUUACGUGAGACUCAACCCAGAUGCACUUGUUUGGACGCCGUACGUCAUGGGUCGAAGUAACCAGUCCCAUUACGACCGUGCACAACUACAUACUGUCGCACCUCGAGACGAUCCGAACGAAGACGACGAAGAAGGCGCAGAUGAAGACGGCGAACUUGGUCUCGGUGCCAGAAGAGUAAACGGGGACUCCACCACGAAACCAGACGGUGUAGCAGCCUAUGCACCAGCCGGGCCCCCUUCAACGACAACAAUUUCUUCAUUCGGUGAAAACCAUGCCGUGGCAUCGCAAACGAAUGGUGAGCAACAAGAAGAGACCGAAAAAUCGAAAUCGAAAUCACCCGAUCCAGCAGCUGGUAUACCACCGACUCGAUUCGAGAUUUAUCCUCCUGUGCAACCACCAGUCUUCAAACGGCGACCGGGGAGACCCUGGGGCAGCAAGACGAAAUACAACAGCUCGUACAUGUCGACACCGCGCGGCGCACGCGCUACGCCACGACGCACGUCCACAUCCAUGUUUGGAAUUGGAUCGCCUGCCUCCACUAACAUCGCUACUUCAGCGCGACGGGGACGGAGCGGGUUAGUAUCGGAAAUCGUCUCUGGGCCGGAUAGUCCUUCUGUCGGCGUCGAUAUAAAUGGUACAGAUAAUCAGGAUCAUACCGAGGACCAAUCUGCAAAUCACGAAGAAGAAGGCGAACAAAACGCAGAAUUGGUAAACGGCAUAAACGGGCCAGAAGAUGACGCGACUGCAGACACUGAUGCCCAAGACAACGAUCAACCCAUGACAAACGGCUCUGCAGCAACAGCAGUCAUUGAUUCGAACGAUAACACAGCCGCAACAAAUAGCGCAGAUAAUCUCACACCCCGACGAACCCGACGAUCAAUCGCAAAAGGCGAGAAGAAGAUCACAAGAACGACACCUGUCAAAUCUGUUGCUACUGUUACAACAACCAAUGGAAACAGCGAUAGUGAUAUUGAUGCCGACGGCGAGAUUGAUGAGGAUGUGCAAAUGGCAUGA